AUGGGUGAAAAGCGACGGACGAUCCGCUACGAACUAGUGGGCGACGACUUCCACACGGUAUCGAGAGCAGCCAGUACUGGUGACCUACGAGGCAACCUGCAUCAUCAAAACCUGCGUUUCGACGAGGACAGCGCGCCGUCUCCGGCGCCUAGCGAAUUAUGGGGUGGUGGCACUCAAGUCAGAGAAGACGAUGGCCGUGUUGAUAUUGACUGCGACUCCAAGCUCGCGCGGGCGAUCAGCAUGAUCUAUCGUGAGAAUAGCGACAAAAGGCGGCUUCCGCCGUCAGGAGCACCUUCUCCCGAACCGGCACCACCGCCGUAUAUGCAAGAACUAGAGGACUCUGGUGGCAAGCACCCUUGUAGCCUUAAUGUUCUGAUACAAGUCGUGGGAAGCCGGGGCGACGUCCAGCCGUUCGUUGCACUAGGUGCCGAAAUGAAAAGGCGCGGUCACCGAGUACGGCUCGCCACCCACGAUCUGUUCGAAAAGUUCGUCAGAGAUACAGGCUUGGAGUUCUAUGGUGUUGGGGGCGACCCGGCGGCUCUAAUGGCUUACAUGGUCAAGAAUCCGGGUCUCAUUCCGAGCAUGAAGAGUCUUGAAUCCGGGGAGAUUAGCCAGAAACGCGAGAUGGUCCAGGAAAUGCUUGAGGGCUUCUGGGAUGCUUGUAUCAGGCCGGAUACUACCACUGGAGCGCCAUUUAUUGCAGAUGCAAUAAUCUCUAACCCUCCUAGCUUUGCCCACGUCCAUUGCGCGCAGGCACUCGGUAUCCCGGUGCAUCUGAUGUUCACCAUGCCUUGGACAAGCACGGCAGAAUUUCCUCAUCCGCUGGCGAACUUGAAGAAUACUGGUGGUGACCGUGGUGUGGCCAACUUCAUUUCAUACGGCGUGGUUGACACUUUGACAUGGCAAGGGCUCGGAGAUGUUGUAAAUAAGUGGCGAGACAGAAUCGGCUUGGAGCAUAUUGCCAUGUUCGACGGCCCCAUGCUGGCGGAGGCUUUGAAAGUGCCGUUUACGUAUUGCUGGUCUCCCGCUCUGAUCCCCAAACCAAAGGACUGGGGAUCGCAUAUCGAUGUCUGCGGCUUUUUCUUUCGCAGCGCUCCUCGGUACACUCCACCAGAAGAUCUGGCGCAAUUCCUUGCGGCCGGCCCUCCGCCAGUUUACAUUGGCUUCGGCAGCAUCGUGCUUGAAGACCCCAAGCGUAUCAUCAACGUAAUACUCGAUGCGGUUCGUACCGCAGGCGUUCGAGCCAUCAUCUCGAAGGGUUGGUCCGACCUGGGUGGUUCUGAAAGCCAAUCCAUUUAUUGGAUCGGCGACUGUCCACAUGAAUGGCUUUUUCAGCAUGUGGCAGCUGUGGUGCAUCACGGAGGAGCUGGAACUACAGCGUGCGGGCUACGAAACGGGAAGCCCACGACAAUCGUUCCCUUUUUUGGAGAUCAGCCAUUCUGGGGUGACAUGGUUGCCAAUGCGGGCGCUGGACCGAAGCCCAUCCCUCACAAGCAACUCAGCCCAGAGAACCUCGCCGCAGCUAUGAGAUACUGUCUCUCGCAGCAAGCCGUCGCCGCGGCGCAAGGCAUCGCUGCGCAGAUGGAGACUGAAGACGGCGUCCAGGCUGCCGUGGAUUCGUGGUGGCGACAGCUUCCUCUAGAGCGCAUGCAGUGUGACCUUAUUCCGAGCCAACCCGCUGUAUGGAAAUACACCAAAUCCAAGAGACCCAUGAAACUGUCAAAGGCAGCGGCUGAAGUCCUCAUGUCGCACGAGGCGGUACAACUUAAGCAGCUUUCAAUGUAUCAGACCAAACCGAUCACGAUCGACGUUACGCGCUGGGACCCAAUCUCUGGCGGCGCAUCGGCAGUGUUAGCGACGGCAGUGGACAUGACCGGUUGCAUAACGGGAAUGGUCACUAAGCCCAUUGAAGAGUUCCAUGAGGAGAAACGUCGUCGAGCACGGGAGCUGAAACAUAAGGCAGACGGCGGCAGCGGUGAAGUUCCAAAAGACAAACUCUCUGAGGAUGCACUUUCGGUCAUGUCUGCUUCAAGCGGGAACAGCAAAGGCAAGAGCCAACGUUCGAUGGCGGGAAAGGUGGCUGGCGCAUCAGCGAAGAGUAUCGGGAUGAUCGCGCCGAAUGCUGCCAAGGGAAUGCUGGUCGAUAUUCCCCUCGCCAUUACUGAGGGAAUGCGAUCAGUCCCCAAGCACCUCGGCACCAAUAUCCGCGAUCACGGACCGAUCACCGACGCAAAGAGCGGAGCCGCAGUUGCAGGGAAAACCUUUGCCUUUGGUUUCGUCGAUGGUCUGAGCGACUUGGUGAUGGAGCCAGUCAGGGGAGCUGAAACGCAAGGGGCCGUUGGAGCCCUCAAGGGAUUCGGGAAGGGCGCCGCGAGCUUGGCGGCCAAGAGCGGCGCAGGCAUGUUUGGGCUGUUCGCGUAUCCGAGUGCCGGCAUCGUGAAGAGCUUGAGGUCGGCAGUUCACACCGGCACGAGGAAGGAAGUUGCCCAGGAGAGGCAUGUAGAAGGCCAGUGGCUGGUAAAUGGCAAUACGGCUUUGGAGAUGAACUCGGGCGAGAUUCUUGCCAUGUUCAAUCGGCUCCGAAGUCUCAAGUAA